AUGUCGAAUUUUAGGGAGGAAAAAGAGAGCUUUAUCCGUUCCAAGUAUGAGGCCAAAGAGUUCCUUGCUCCGACAUCUCCUGCAUCGGUUCCCGUCACGCAGUUGCUGAUGGAAGCCGUCUGCAAGCAGGAUUUACGCGGUGUCGUGCGCUGCUUGUCGCACUGCAGUUCAAACGAC